AUGGCGCAUCACGACAUCGACUACGACAUGGACAUGUCUGACGACGAAAACGAAAACCUCAACACCCGCAACUCUCGCUCCACCAACCCGUCACGCCUCCAAGAUCCAGGCAAAGCCAAAGCGACCUCGAAAGACAGCGGCUCAGGCAACCGCGCACGCUGGGAAGCCGGCGCACAAAAGAACUGGGACUUGCAUGAAGGCGACGAUGGAAACCUCACCAGUGUGCUGGGUGGUAUGGAAGAGGCCACAAAACGUCUACGACUACAGAAGGAUACUACACCACUGCAACGAGGCAUCAUACGGCAUUGUUUGCUUGUACUGGACUUGAGCAAUGCGAUGACAGAAAAGGAUCUACGGCCAACGAGGUUCUUACUUACACUCACCUACACCAUGGCAUUCGUCCGGGAGUUCUUUGAGCAAAAUCCCAUCUCGCAGCUUGGCAUAUUGGGAAUGAGAGAUGGCUUAGCAGUCAGGAUCUCAGAGUUGUCAGGGAAUCCCAACGACCACAUUACUGCCUUGAAAGAGUUGAGAAACACAGAGCCCAAGGGAGCUGCUAGUUUACAGAAUGCGCUCGAUAUGGCAAGAGCAGCACUAUAUCAUACACCAUCACACGGCACCAGGGAGGUUGUGAUCAUCCUCGGCGCCCUGAGCUCCUCGGACCCGGGCGACAUUCACCAGACCAUAAAUGCUUGUGUGAGAGACAAGCUACGGGUCACCGUUAUUGGACUCGCAGCUCAGAUGCACAUCUGCGCCGAUCUAUGCGCUCGCACGAAUGCAGGAGAUACUGGAAGCUACAAUGUUGCGCUGGAUGAACCGCAUUAUCGUGAGUUACUUAUGGCUAUCACCUCACCACCCGUCAUGCGCCAAACCUCCUCUACUUCUGCUGCCGUUUCGCGAUCUGCUCUACUGCAAAUGGGCUUUCCAUCUCGCUACACCGAGCCCAAAGCCACACUAUGUGCUUGCCAUGGUGUAUUGACCCAAGGAGGAUACAACUGCAGUCGCUGCAAAGCAAAAGUCUGCUCACUACCACAAACAUGUCCAGCUUGCGAUCUAACGCUCAUCCUCUCCACGCAUUUGGCAAGGAGUUACCAUCAUCUCUUCCCUCUCCUGCUCUGGAACGAAGUCUCUUGGUCAAGGGCUGUGCAGAAAAAGAGCACGAGGUGUUACGGUUGCUUAUCAACAUUCCCACAGCCACCAAAGUCGACCGCAGGUGAUGGAGAAAACGGGACAGACGGAGCAGUGCAGAAAAGAGCAGAAGGCGCCAGUGAGAGUUCACGGUACGAGUGUCCUUCUUGCGAGAGACACUUNUGCGUAGACUGUGAUGUUUUCUGUCAUGAGGUGGUGCACAACUGUCCGGGCUGCACUAGUGGAGCUCCUUCAAACCAGAUCAACGGAGAUAGAGACGGGGAUGUCGUGAUGAACGGACAUGGCAAUGGCAAUGGAGUUGCUGUGAGUGCUUGA